ACAGAUUUCCAUUCAUUUUCAAAAGUUGUUGAUUCUGGCAGAUACAAAAAUAAACACACCAAAAUGUCCAACCUUGAAGAUUUCUUUUCCAAAAAGGAUCACAAAAAGUCAAAGAAAAAUUCCGAGUAUUUGGCAGCUGAGGAGCUGUACAAAACGCUCAAAGAAUCAACAAAGUUUUCAUCGGAAGACAACUCCAACCUGGAGGUUGACGUCCAAUCGGAAGAUGGGGAAGCUGAUUAUGCUAGAGACUCAGCACCUCUCAAGUUCGGGAUGCGUUUUUCAGAUGAGGCGCAUGACUUCACCGAGGAGAAUCGUGGUAAAUUUACGAAUGUGCCACGUGACAUACCUAAGGCCCUUGUCUCCACGGCACCUGGCCUAAUCUCUAACACUGGAGGUGAUGGCAUUGAUGUGGAAUUCAAUGAGAUCGUGCCAGCGACAUCAUGCCCCUGUCAGAAGCCGGAGCAGGCCAACCACGAGCCGGCCAAGCAGAGUGAACUUUCGGCCAAGAAACAUAUCUACAUUCCUCCGGCUCUCCGCCAGAGCCAGGGCGACUCUAAUAAACGCAAAGCUCUGCCGCAGCAGCGCAAGGUUCCCAGUCCAAUGCCGGACAAACCUCAAGCCCCCGAUCUCAAUAGUCUGGAGUACUUUCCGUCACUGAGCGGCUCAAAGAUAUUUAAGCGUCCCAAGUAGCAGAAAGAAUGUCUCUUUUCUUUAUGCUUGAAUUUAAGUUGAAGAUCAACCAACCAUCGCAUCC